AUGGAGCUUGAUCUUCAACAAGCUUUGGAUUUUGCCGAGAGAAGAAAUUUUAAAAGAUCAAUGAAAUAUUAUGAGACAAAAAAGGAGAAACGAAGAUUUUCUCGUGAACAAAUCUCAGGCAAUCCUGAAGAAUCUGCUGUCAUUUCUUCAUUUUCACUUGAUCUCGGUUCCAAAUCGAAAAGUGAAGUAGAUGAACAAACCAGCUGCUUACUGGAAAAUGAAAUCAGUGAAAACGCUAUGAAUUGCCAAGAAAAUCUUAUCAACGUGAGCGAAGUCGAAAAGAUCCUUUCAAAUGAUGGUGAGAUUAUUCAUCAUUCGUUCGAUGGCUCAGAACUGUCUAGUGCCGAUUUGAAUGUUAAUACUGAAGAUCUAUUACAUUUUUACACACAUAUUUCAACCACAGAAUUUUGUUCGAGGUUAUUGACUUUAUUGAGAAAUUCUAAUACCUGCAAAUCACAAGCAAAUCGUUUUUUAUCAUUUAUAAGGACAAUACUUCCAUCGCCGAAUAAUGUUCCAACGAAAAUGGAAGAUCUUUUACAACAAUUAGACAUUGAAAACAAUAUUCUCAAGAAAUGUUUGCUAUGUACGAACUGCAAUGAAUACACAUCACGUCCAAAAAUGUUUUGUUCGAAAUGUUCGUCAACGGAUGCGAAGAAUUUUGCUUUUGUGUACGAUAUGAACAUAGAAGAAUACAUCAAACAGGUUUAUGUGAGAUUCAGAGUCGAGAUCGAUGAGUAUCGGAAUCAACUUUAUUUGCAUCAAGAUGUGGAGAGGACUAACGAUAUAGGAUUUAACCAUAUGUAUCAGCAAUUAUUGAAGAAUAAUGAAAACAAUGAAUUUAUUACGUUUCUAUUGCAUCUCCACGGAAUUAGUUUAUCCAAAUCAUCUAAUUUGAAAAUGUGGCUAUUUUCUGGUUCAAUAAUUGAAUUACGUCCUCAAUUACGGAGUCAUCGUUACAACAAUAUUAUUUUUUCAUUCUGGUUUGGCUACAAAGAACCUGAUGUGAAGAUUUGGCUGGGGAACUGCACGAAUUUGAUAAGAUUACUAAAAACAAAAAGUUAG